AUGGACAACACGCCCCUGUCAUGCAAGGUCGCAAUAGCCCAUUCCGGGCAAGAGACAAGGGAUAGCAAACCCCAAAAAUCAAUGCAGCACCCUCGAGCAAAGAAAGAUGUAUCAUUCAGCACUCGGAUCGCUGCCUGGGUGUUCCGAGGAGGUGUUCUCUCCCACAUGGCGCGUGUGAAUUUUUCCCAAGCCAUGCCUUGCUCCCACGUCAAUACCACGCCUCAAUCCCGGCAAUUCAGUGGUCGUCAUGAUUCCAGUCCUUUGGGUUUUCUCCUGAUACUUGCUUCUUCUGGCUACGGCCAUUCUUUUGUUAGUUUCAUUAGAGGGUGCUUUGUUCGCUAG